AGGGGCGGAGCUGAAGAGCCAGCGCCUGUAGUUGUCUGCUGAAGUGCGUUUCAGAGUCUGAAUCAUGGAGAACAGAAGAGCUCACUGGGAGUGGUGCGGACAUUGGGUAAUAUGCGAAUAGGACACGAUAUUUGCGCUCUUUGUGCCUGUGUGAAGUUAUAAUGCAGCUGCUGCUGCUGACCUCCAUGAAGUGUUCAAGCUCAGAUAAAGUCGUGCAGACAGUGAUAACGGAUACCGGACACAUACAGGACAAACCCGUAGAAUAAGAGUGUGAUUGACAUAUUGAAGAAGAGAUGGGGAACGCAGGGAGCAUUAACCAGCACACUGACCCCAGAGGACACCACAUGCCCCUCAAACUGCCCAUGCCCGAGCCGGCCGAGCUGGAGGACAGAUUUGCGCUCGUCCUGAACUCAAUGAACUUGCCUCCAGACAAAGCAAGAUUACUACGGCAGUACGACAAUGAGAAGAAAUGGGAACUCGUUUGUGACCAGGAACGAUUCCAGGUGAAGAAUCCUCCUCACACAUACAUCCACAAGUUGCAGGGUUAUCUUGACCCGGCUGUGACCAGGAAGAAGUUCAGGAGGAGAGUGCAGGAGUCAACCCAGGUCCUGCGGGAGCUGGAAAUCUCAUUACGGACCAAUUACAUAGGGUGGGUGCGGGAGUUUCUGAAUGAAGAGAAUAAGGGUUUGGAUGUGUUGGUGGAGUAUCUUUCGUUUGCACAGUACGCUGUCACGUAUGACGGUGACAGUUCUGAGGGCAGCACAGAAAACUCAGUGGAUAAACCGAAACCAUGGAAUCGAUCGAUUGAAGAUCUCCAUGGAGGAAACCACCUCUCAUCAGCUGUCACAGGCAACAGCAUCUCCAGAGCCAGCAGACAUUCAACCAUAAGGUCUAAUACAUUACCCAUCCGGAGGACAUUGAAGAAUUCCAGAUUAGUGUGUAAGAAAGACGACGUUCAUGUGUGCAUCAUGUGCCUACGAGCCAUCAUGAACUACCAGUAUGGCUUCAACAUGGUUAUGUCUCACCCUCAUGCUGUGAAUGAAAUUGCACUAAGUCUGAACAAUAAGAAUCCCAGGACUAAAGCUCUGGUGCUGGAGCUGCUGGCCGCUGUGUGUCUGGUUCGAGGAGGUCAUGAGAUCAUUCUCUCUGCCUUUGAUCAUUUUAAAGAGGUGUGUUCAGAAGAUCAGCGCUUUGAGAAACUUAUGGAGCAUUUCAAGAAUGAAGAUAAUAACAUCGACUUCAUGGUUGCCUGCAUGCAGUUCAUCAAUAUUGUGGUUCAUUCAGUGGAAGACAUGAAUUUCAGAGUGCACUUACAGUACGACUUCACAAAGCUGGGUUUAGACGAAUAUCUGGAUAAACUGAAGAACACCGAGAGUGAUAAACUGCAUGUGCAGAUUCAAGCGUACCUGGAUAACGUGUUUGAUGUCGGGGCUCUGUUAGAGGACGCAGAGACCAAGAACGCAGCGCUGGAGAGAGUGGAGGAACUAGAGGAGAACAUGUCUCAUCUGACAGAGAAGUUGCAGGACACAGAGAAUGAGGCGAUGGCAAAAAUCGUUGAGCUGGAGAAACAACUCAUGCAAAAAAAUAAAGAGCUGGAGUCUGUUCGGGAGGUGUAUAAAGACGCCAGCUCUCAGGUGCACACCCUGCGGCGGAUGGUGAAGGAGAAGGACGAGGCUAUUCAGAAACAGAGCAACCUGGAGAAGAAGAUCCACGAGCUGGAGAAACAGGGAACCAUCAAGAUCCAGAAGAAAGCGGACGGGGACAUUGCCAUCCUGACACCCCCUCCACAGGAGAACGGGCAUCUGCCAGGGUCACAGGGCGUAUCUGGGGUGUCCAGUGAGGGCGUGGUCAGUCACGGAGGUGUGGCUAACGGGGCGGCUCAUGUCCUGAGCAUCCCUGAUCCUCCCCCUCCUCCUGGGCCGGCGACACUAUCAAAUGGUCCAUCAGCUGCUCCAGCACCAGCACCAGCUCCACCACCUCCUCCUCCUCCUCCACCUCCUCUCCCAGGCCUCGCUCUGGAUAUAUCUGCCCCUAUGCCCCCUCCACCGCCCCCCAUGGCUCCUCCACUUCCAGGCUGCGGCUCUCCCACUGUCAUCAUGAACUCAGGACUGGCAGCUGUGAAGAUCAAGAAACCCAUCAAGACUAAGUUUCGUAUGCCGGUGUUUAAUUGGGUGGCACUGAAACCCAAUCAGAUCAACGGCACUGUGUUCAACGAGAUCGAUGACGAACAAAUACUGGAGGACCUGAAUGUAGAUGAGUUUGAGGAGAUGUUUAAGACGAAAUCCCAAGGGCCUGCCAUAGACAUCACCUCCAGCAAACAGAAGACCUCCCAGAAAGGACCAAGCAAAGUCUCGCUGCUGGACUCCAACCGAGCCAAAAACCUGGCCAUCACACUCAGAAAAGUGGGCAAGACAUCAGAGGAGAUCUGCAGAGCCAUUCAGAUGCUUGACCUGCGGUCGUUGCCGGUGGAUUUCGUGGAGUGUUUGAUGAGGUUUGUUCCGACGGAAGCGGAGCUGAAAGUUCUCCGUCAGUAUGAGAAGGAGCGCAAACCUCUGGAGAACCUGACGGAUGAGGACCGCUUCAUGAUCCAGUUCAGCAAGAUCGAGCGUCUCAUGCAGAAGAUGACCAUCAUGGCGUUUGUGGCCAAUUUCAGCGAGAGCAUUCAGUUGCUCACACCGCAACUUCAUGCCGUUAUUGCAGCGUCUGUCUCCAUCAAGUCCUCACAGAAACUCAAGAAGAUCCUGGAAAUCAUCUUGGCUCUGGGAAACUACAUGAACAGCAGUAAACGAGGAGCGGUGUACGGCUUCAAACUGCAGAGCUUAGACCUGUUAUUAGACACUAAAUCAACAGACCGCAAGAUGACUCUUCUGCACUAUAUCAGUAAUGUAGUAAAGGAAAAAUACCAGCAGGUGACGCUCUUCUAUAACGAGCUGAACUACGUGGAGAAAGCAGCGGCAGUGUCUCUGGAGAAUGUCUUAUUAGACGUGAAGGAGCUUCAGAGAGGCAUGGAUCUGACCAGGAGAGAGAACAGCAUGCACGGAAACAACACACUGCUCAGAGAUUUCCUACAGCAAAAUGAGAAUAAACUCAAAAAACUUCAGGAUGAUGCCAAGAUCGCUCAGGAUGCCUAUGAUGAAGUGGUGAAAUUCUUUGGAGAAUGCUCCAAAACAACACCCCCGUCCGUGUUUUUCCCAGUGUUUGUGCGCUUUGUGAAAGCAUACAGGCAAGCAGAGGAGGAUAAUGAACAGAGGAAGAGGAAGGAGCAGAUGAUGAUGGAGAAGCUGAUUGAGCAAGAAGCUAUGAUGGAGCAAGAGGAUCAGAAGUCUCCCUCUCAUAAGAAUAAGCGUCAGCAGCAGGAGCUGAUUGCGGAGCUGAGGAAGAAGCAGGUGAAGGACAGCAGACAUGUGUAUGAGGGUAAAGACGGAGCCAUUGAAGACAUCAUCACAGCCUUAAAGAAGAAUAAUAUUACUAAAUUUCCCAAUGUGCACUCGAGGGUAAGGAACUCUUCCAGUAGUACCCCAGUGGAUGCUACUCAGACCUGAUCUGAGAAACCAGCCAUACAGGCGUGCCGACGCCGUCAGGAGGAGCAUUCGAAGACGUUUUGAUGAUCAGAAUUUGCGGCCAAUCAACAGUGCAGAGAUGGUCAUGUGACGAGGGCAGAGUGGAUGUGAUUGGAUGGAGUGGUGGAGGAAACAAGAUAAUGAAGGACUGAUAAAGAUGACAGCAGGUCUGAAAGCCAAGUGCCUACAUUUAACAUCUGUCCCAUCAGGUGUUGAAUUGUACAUGUGUCUUCUGUGAAUUUUUAUGUUACAAAUGGUGUCUUAAUCUGUCUUUUCUCUUAUGGCGCUUAAAUUGUAUGGCUAGAUGAGUAUUUUUCUUAAGAAAGUGUCCGAAUGUAAAACUAUUCCAACACUUGUUGUAUCACGGACCUGUAAAAGUCCUCUUACAUUCCAGUGCUUUCGCCACAGAUCAAACCGACCAGGCGUGUGUUCUCCGAAUCAUCUGGUCGGUCCAAAAGAAGCCCUGUAGUGUUGAUCAGAGCCUGUUUUUAGAGUGCUGUUCACAUUCUUGUCUUGAUAGAGCCCAACAGAAUGGAAAACAGCCUGAGAAGCAUUUGAAAAAGUUUUGUAAAAGUUAUAAAAAUGCAAUGUUGAUGGUUUAAGAUGUUGCAGGGUGCGACACAGCGGCCAAAGAUAACAAUAUUAAGAACAUUCCUCACUUAAGAUGAUUCGAUGUCUGAUAGUAGAGGUAUUUCAAUGUGUUGUGAUCUUGAGAGCAUGUGUACACGACAGGAAGUGCGUGCACAAGACUGUCCCAGGUCUAAAGAAUGCUAAAAGCACCACAAUUAAAUUCCUAUGUAACAUAUCUGUUACCUUGUAAUAGAUUAGUAUUGUUUAUAUUGCAAUAGAAGAAGAUACUUCUUGUCUGUCUUAAAACCAAUGUUCUCUUAUAACCAGCAAAAUAACAGUCCUGUCAAGACCAUAACUGGGUGACUUUACCAGAAGUUUACCAGAGUUACAUUAACAUAACCAGAAGUCCACGGUAGACUCUGAACUAUAACGGCUCAAAAAGUGCUUUGACAAAAACAUGAGUGCAGUACGUCCUAGUACACUUUCCCCACAGACGUCCAUUGGAAGUGCAUUGAGGUAAAUUAAAUAUUGUGUUUUAUACACAGAGGAUUGAAUAUAUAGUCUGUGGUAAUCGACAGAUGCUGUUUUGAACACAAAAUAUUCCUUCGUGAAUAUUAAACACUUUUGCUAUUAUUUCCUGUAUUAGUGAUGUACGGCCGCUGAGCACUACGGCAAACCUCUUCCCUGGGGCACUUGUUCUUCACUACAUACACAAGAUCAUAAGAUCAGGUUCCUCAUUGAAUUCGGUUGUUGUGACUGGGCUUGUUUUAUGCAUUCUAGGUCAGACAAUGGGAAAUAAGGCGUUAUAUAAACUGAAUCUUGUGUGGUUCUAUAAUGACCUGCACCAGUGAAAAUCCACAUUUCGUGUGAUGUGAAAGUCUAUUUAAAAGCAAAAAAAUAAAUAAAUAAAUAAAUAAAUAAAAUAAAAACAUUUGUUAAAUGUACAGAUAUUUUGCUAUAAAAUUGUUGCAUCUUUUUAACUUUUUAAUCUUCUAAUAUUGUACAUAUUGUUAAAAACAAUAUUGUUUUAAAAAUCAUUCUGUACUACAAUGUUUGAAUAUUUUAACUUAUAGUUUUUAUUUCUUUUUUUCCUGCAUUUUUGUAUAUUUAAUAAAGCUGAAAACCUGAACCAGUUCUUUUAGACAUGCAGCAACAGUCCCAUCUACACUAAAACAUGUCAGAAAUCAGAAGCAUUAGUAGAAUUAGUCCUUAUAGUCUGUCUCAUCUCUGUACAAUACACUCAUAAAAACUGGAUUAAACUAUCAUUUUGUUUUCCCCUAAAAUCAAUGUAUCUUAGCCACUGAAUGCUUACAAUACUGCAAAAAUCUGUUCUCAGAUUUACAGUUAGAUGAUUUCUCAAUGUCCAAUUAAACUAUUUACAUAA